AUGAUAACAGGAGAACCUGGAAAUUUAAUAUUUAAUUCGCAAUUUGAAGGUGGAAAUUUAGGAAGAAUUGAUAUCAUUAAUAAUAAUGAAUAUGAUUUAUUUAUUAGACCUGAUACAUAUAAUGAUAAGCAAAGAGUAUGGUUUCAUUUUGAAGUAAGAAAUGCAUUACCUAAUCAGAAGGUUAUCUUCAACUUUAGAAAUUUAUCUAAAAAAAAUGUUCUACUAAAGAAAGGUGUUGCAAGUCCUGUUGUUAAAGAACCUGGAUCUGAUGUAUGGAAACGUCUUAAAUCAUCAAAAAUUUUUUAUACAGAAAAUUCUUUAACAACUAAUUCUAAAGUCACAACAAAUGUAUUAACAAUAUAUUACCAAUUUAAAAAUGAAAAUUCUUACCAAUUUGCUUAUUGUAUACCAUAUACAUAUUCAAAACUUCAAAAAUUUUUACAUGAAAAGGAGAUAAUGUUUCAUAAUAUUUUUAGAAAACAAGUUAUUGGUAAAUCUAUUUAUCAAAAUAAUCUUGAUCUUGUAACAAUUACAAAUAAUGUUAAUAAUAUACAAAAGAAACAAAAAAUUGUAAUUGUAACAGCAAGAGUACAUCCUGGAGAAACACCAUCAUCACAUGCAAUGCAUGGAUUAAUUAAUUAUUUGUGUAGUAAUGAAAUGGAAGCUGUUGAAUUGAGAAAUGAAUAUGUAUUUAAGAUAAUACCCAUGCUUAAUCCUGAUGGUGUUGUUUUAGGAAAUUAUAGAUCUGAUUGUUUGGGACAUGAUUUAAAUAGACAAUAUGUUGAACCAAACUAUUGGUCUACUUCAACAAUUUAUUGUGUUAAAAAUCUUGUUAGACAGUAUUCUAAUGAUCCUAAUGUUGAAUUACAAUUCUGUAUUGAUAUACAUGCACAUUCUCAAAAGACAAAUAGUUUUUGUAUUGGAAAUAUUGUCUCAAAAGAUCCCAAAAAUUGUGAUAAUCAAUUAAUUUUUCCAUAUAUGUUGGCUGAAGGUUCAUCUGAAUAUUCAUUAUCUAAUACAGUUUUUGAUAUGGAUGAUAGAAAAGAAGGAACAUUUAGAAGAGUAUUAGGAUCAAUUGUUCCAGAUACAUGUUUUGUUUAUACUUAUGAAAUUUCUUAUUUUUCAUUUAAUGAAUUAGAUGAAGGUGAUACCAGCCCAUGUAUUAGUUAUAGUCAAAAUGAUUUUGAAAAUUGUGGUAAAAAUAUUUGUCUAGCAAUUUAUAAAUAUAAUCAAUUCAAAUGCCAUAAAAGAAGUAUUACCAUUGAUCGACCAUUUGAAUCAUUUUUAGGCAGUCGUACUCUUAAUGAAUUCAAAAAGUUGGGAAAAGUUCUUUCAAAGAAAAAAAAAUCUCUAGAAAAAUAA